AGCGACUCGGACAUGUUCGGGACAUGUCAGUGCGUGCGCGCUCACACACUGCGGGCCUGUGCACAUACACGCACACGCAGGCCCGCAGCGCGUGUGUAUGUGUCACGGGGUGAUGAGUCACAGUUAAACUAGACUCAGUUUCAGUUUAGUUUUCACUCCGACAGACGGACUUUACUCCAGAAAACCUGAAAAUGCAGAAUCAGAGCACAAACCAGAUGGGCCAGACCCAGAAAACUGUCAUCCCAAAAGUCCGGUAUCACCCAACCAUCCAGACCCAGACACCUGGAGACGGAGCAGGAGCCAAAGGCAGAACCGUCCAAACUCACAAGACCAGACCUGCUUCUGUACGACCCCCUCAGACUGGGACUGACAAUAAGACAGUCAAGGAGAACCAGGAUGCCCACAAGACCCCUCGGGUCAAUCCUGCAGUGAGACCGCAUCCUGAUGGCGGACAAAAACAAAAACAGAGCACCCAGAAACCCGUUAAGAGACCGGUUCAGAAAGCUGCUCCAGAUCCGGAUCCUGCACAAACACCAGAUCAGCUCUCUGACAGGGCCCCUCUCAAACCAGAGCAGGUCCCUCCAGGUCUCGGACACCAGUUGGACAGGUGGAUUGUGGAGGAAGUGGAGGUUCGGACCCGCGGACAGAGGACCAAUCAGGAUUGGUUCAUCUGGAGGAAGAACCGGAUCACGGCCUCUGUGGCUCACCGCAUCGCUCACAGCCGCUUUGUUCAUGGCAAGAGCAAAACCCCGCCCACCUCCUACCUGGCUGCUGUCACAGGUGAGGAGCGGCGCAUCCAGACCAGAGCCAUGAGCUGGGGGGUCCACAUGGAGGCUCAGGUGGUCCGCAGGUAUCAGACACUGAAGAGCGCCGCCUUGGGCCAGUCGAUCUCGGUUCAGGACUGCGGUCUGUUCAUUGACGCUCGGCGGCCCUGGUUGGCUGCGAGUCCUGACGGGAUUGUGACGGACAGCCAGACCGGCCAAUGGCUGCUCUGCCUGGAGGUGAAGUGUCCCUACAAGCACAGACACAGACGAGUGGAGGACGCCUGCAGGGACGACCCCGCCUUCUGUCUGGAAUUACAGGAUGAGAACGGACGGCAGCCUGGGGGGUCCCCAGCCUACAGUCUGAAGAGGUCUCACAGUUACUUCACGCAGAUCCAGUGUCAGCUGGCGGUGACGGGCCUGCGGCAGGCCGACCUCGUCGUCUUCACCCUGAAAGAGACGGCCGUCGUCCCGGUGACCUUUGACCCCGACCUGUGGGAGGAAACGGUGUCCAAACUGCAGGUGUUUUACAGGGACGCCGUCCUGCCUCACCUGAGAGAGAAGACACAGCAGGACACAUCAGCGGCCUGGACUGCAGAGCUGUAGAGACGCUUGCUGCUCUGUGGUGACCUCUGACCUCAGUGGAGGUGCUGGUGGUUUCUGGUUUUUGUAGAAACGCUCUCGAUCUCCUGCCUCCUGGCUAACCGUAUUUAUUUGCUGACCUGCCCACGAUAGAAGCACAAAAGUAAAAAUGACCAAAUCAGCAAAAUCUGAGCAAGUGAACGAACUCAGGCAUGGUUAGCACGCGCUGCGCUGAAACGCUGCCGGUGGAGGAGACACAGCGGGGGGGGGGGUCUCAGGGUUCGAGCAGAGAACAGAUUUCAUGACUGGACGUGAUGAUGGAGUGUGAACAGCUUCCUCAGGUUGUCAGAGUGCUCGACAGUUGUCUGUCCACCAGCUAAUGUUUGUAUCGUUGUCCUGAAACCCUUCAGGAGGCAGUUUAUUGACUUCUUUCUGACUUCUGAACUUUAUUCUUGUUGUUAAUACAUUUUACUGAUGAA